AUGGUUAGUCGCUAUCCCACCGAAACUCUUGAGAACACUCUCAUUGCUGCCAUCCGGGCCAACUGUCGUGUUCGAACUCUCGAGCUGAGCAUGCACCAACACAACUUCUUCGAUCUCCGCGAUGCACUCGAAGAUCUUCUCAGCCCAACUCGCCCUCCUCUCAAGCUAAUCAUCCACUGCCACCGCAAGCGCACUGGGAUCCUCCACUUUCCCUACACAAUCACCUUCGACCAAACAAACCUAUCCUUAACACUCAACGGUUGUGACCUGACCGAACUCGUGAUGGCCAGGCUAGGAUCGUCCAUCAAAAGGCUCUUCGGCUUCCUAUUCGCACAGACCACUCAGCUCGUCCUAGAGAACUGUCACUUGUGCUCCGUCAGACACUUUGCUGCCUUCCUCGCUCUGGAUGAGACUGAGGCUUUCACCAGGACCCUUGUCAGCGUGCGCAUGCAGAACUUCCGUCCCUGCCGUUCUGCUGGCAAUGUCGCGAGACGCCACUGGUCUGGCAUACUCAGAGCUCUAUCCAACCUUGGCGGCUUGAAAUACUUUGUGAUCGAGGGCCUUCGUUCUCCUGCAUACUGGGAUCUGUUCCACCUUCAUCGUACUACUGAGAAGCACGAAGUCGGUGGUCAGGAUGUGGCUGAGCAGUUGGAAGCCAUGGCUGUUCUUGUGGCUACAGAGCCUGUGAAGGAGGUUCUUCCCUCGAGCGACCGUAGCAGUCCCUCGCCAGUUAGAGAUGAAUGGCAGAACUACAUUUGA